GCCGCCGCCUCCACAACCAAUCCAUCCAACCUCUUCUUCCUCCUCCCGCUGCUCUCCCCCUUCAUUCCUCCAAACCCUAGCACAGACCCUAAUGUCCACCACCGCACACACCCCUGCCUCCCUCUCCGGGGACUCCUCGCCGACUACCUCCGGCUCAUCCUCCCCCUCCUCUGCCGCCGCUGUCGCUGGCUCAUAUGAGCCCGCGCUUCUCGGCCAAGCAAUCUCGAUUUCCACACCUGCUGCCUCCGGGGAUGAUGCCGCCGUCCCCACCUCGCCCCAAAUAGGCAUGUACUUCGAGACGGAGGACGACGCGUACGAGUUCUACAAGGCAUACGCCACUCGCCUUGGCUUCGUCGUCCGCAAGUCCAACAAGUCCAAGAACUCCCGGCACACCGUUACCCGCCGUCUCUUCGUCUGCUCCAAGCAGGGCUUCCGCCAAGAACCCAAGAAGCCUCAAGAUGAGACCAACGUCACCGUUGCUGCUCCGCCACCGCCUCCUAGGUGCCCGGACUCACGCACCGGCUGCCUGGCGUCCCUCACCAUCAAGCUACUUCCUUCUGCCAAUGCCUUCCGUGUCACUGAAUUUGUUGCCGAGCACAACCACCAGCUCGCCUCUGCAGCAUCCGCGGUAUCACUGGCAAUGAUUCCAUCUAGUUCUUCGCAUCGCAGCAUUGCCGCUGCCGCAAGCUUGCCGGACCCCAGGGACGGGCCAAGCCCAGAGAUGCACUUCGAGACGGAAGAUGACGCCUAUGCCUUCUACAACCGGUACGCCGAGCAUGUGGGUUUCAGCGUCCGCCGAUCAUAUAAGAAGCGCAAGCGUGGGGUGAUUGUGUCUCGUAUCUUUGUAUGUUCCCGUGAGGGCGUCAGUGACCGUGCCAAGCACGAUAGCCUGGCCAGUAUCAGCACCAGUGCUGGUGCAGGGGCACCAGGCACGCCUAGGCCAGGCCCACCACCAACACGAACAGGUUGCCAGGCAAGAAUGGUCAUCAAGAUCACCCCAUGCCGAACAUACCGGGUUGCUAAUUUUUUUGCGGAGCAUAAUCACCCACUCGCUAACUCAGAGACCGUGCACAAGCUGCGGUCACAUAAGAUGAGGGCUCGAGUGCACGAGCUUGGUGCAGGGGAACUGCAUCGAAGGAAGCAGGGAAAGGGUGUGCAGCUUGGGGAUGCUGGUGCUGCAUUGGAAUACAUGGAAGGGUUGCAGGUGGGAAACCCUUCAGUGUAUUAUGCAGUAGGAAUGGCACCUGAUGGGAAUUCGGCUGUAAAUUUCUUCUGGGCUGAUGCAAAGUCAAUCAUUGACUUCAGAAGCUUUGGUGAUGUUGUUUGCUUUGAUACAACAUAUGGGCUGAAUGUGUAUGGGCGACCAUUUGCAUUGUUUGUUGGUGUGGACAACCAUAAGCAGUUACUCGUAUUUGGUGCAGCCUUGCUUUAUGAUGACAGCAUCCAGUCACUGAAAUGGGUAUUUCAGGCGUUUGCUGAUGCCAUGCGUGAUAGGCAGCCAAAGACUGUUCUGAUUGAUGAGCAUUCUGAAUGUGCCAUUGCAGCAGCAGAGGUCUGGCCUGAGAGUAACCAUUGUGCAAGUGUGUGGCAUAUAUACCACAGUUCAAAGAGGCACUUGAAGCAGGUGUUCGAAAGCUCAAAAGGUUUUGGCAAUGCUUUGAGCCAGUGUCUCUUUGACUGUGAGGAUGAGAUGGAGUUCUUGUCUGCAUGGGAAAAGCUAAUUGAGAAACAUGACAUUGGUGAGAGUGAAUGGCUUGGUAGAUUAUUUCUAGAGAAAGAAAAAUGGGCUCUGCCUUAUACGAGAACUAUGUUUUCUGCUGAUAUUCUCACUACUCUUAGAAAGGAUAAUAUGAUUAAUGAGCUAAAACGGGAGCUCAGUGAGCAGGAAGAUAUUCUGCUGUUCUUCAAGCGUUAUGAGACCAUGCUGGAAGAGCAUCGCUCGAAGAAAUUACAGGCUGAUGUUGAUGGAAACCAGGUGACCUUGCCAAUCCCGUCCUUGCGAAUAUUAAAACAAUCUUCAAAUGCAUAUACACCUGAAGCUUUCAAGAUGUUCCAGGGUGAGUUUGAGGCUUACAUGAACUGCAUGUCCUUCCCCUGCGGUGCAGUUGGGACAGUGUCGGAGUACAAAAUAACACUUGAUGAGAAGCCAUCAGAGGGCAUUGUAAAAUUUGAUGCACUAGAUGGCUUGGCCACUUGCAGCUGCAGGAAGUUUGAAUCUGUUGGAAUCCAGUGUUGUCAUGUACUAAAGGUACUUGAUCUCAAGAAUAUUAAGGAGCUCCCGGAACAAUACAUUUUGAAGAGAUGGAGGAAAGAUGCCCGCUCUGUUAAAAUGGGAGAAGAACCUUACUCUGGAUCUAGCAGUAUCAUGCAGUCAUCUUUGGAUGUUCGCUUCUCUAACAUGUGUCGUAUGGUUAGCCUAAUAGCUUCAAGGGCCGCCAAAUCCGAGGAGGCAAUGUCAUACAUUGAGAGUCAAUCAAGCGUUCUUGUGAAGCAUCUGGAUGAUAUUCUACAGACAGGCUAUCCUGAGAAUGGAAACCAUGCUGUUGCUUCAAGUAGUCAAGCAAUUUCUUUUGUAGGAAAUCAUCCUGACCAUACAACACAAGCAAGAGCAGUUGCACAUACAGAAAAUGGACUGAUAUCCUUGUUUGGAAUUUCUGCUUAUCCUGAAUCCAGUGGACAAUUGAACGGUUCAGUCGGUUCUUUGUAGUUUUAGUCAAAUAUUUGUUAAAGUAUGGCUAUGUGCAGUACUAAUAUGUUGCCAUGUUGAUGUAAGCAAGUAGAUCCUGAAGACCUUGUUUCCAAUUUGGUAAGACUGGUGCUAAUUACAAUCAAUUAUUAUAAGAGUACAAUUUCUUUGACUUCAUUGCAUUUAUUCCAUUAAAUGUGGUGAUUGAGUUCCAUGAAAUGUGGUGAUUGGUUGAUCAAUGAUCUCUAUCUAACAAAUAAGGACUGAUGUCUUUUGGAGACAGUUGGAGAAGAGCUGCUAAAUUGCUCAUGUGAUAUUUAUUCUCCCAUGUGCAAUUUAUUGAUGCACAGACUAUACAGGCAAGAUCAUCCAUGAAAAAUUACAACAAAUACUUCGCAAGAUUAUUCAUGAUAAGUGCACAGGAAAUUUAAUAUUUCUCUAUAUUCUGUAUGUAAGUUCUAUAGAACUCCUGCUGUCCAGUUCUGCGGUAUUAUGUUUGUCGGAACUAGCCAUUUCUGGUCACCACCGCGGGGAGCUACGGUAGCCCAUACUGCACCAUGAGUCCGUCUCAGAAGUUGGCAUGUCAAGUUCACUGUCUGCAUCCAGCCAUCGACAGAAUUGGGGUAAUAUGCUGCUUUUGACACGAUGGAAGUUUGCAUCUGCAAAAACCAUGGAGAGGAAAAGCAGCAGAGAAAACACAGCUGGUGGGAUGAUAAUGAAGUGGAAGAUCCAUAUAUGGUAUGGAGAUGUAGCAAGUUUUGGAAAUGGCGGAUGCAAGAGGAAGAUGGAACCAUGUUUAUUUAUAGCCGCCUUUGGGUUGCUUAAGAGUCAAGACUUGGAAACCUUUCUCCUUUUUUUUUCUUUGAAGACCUUUGUCCAAUAGCUGGGACAUGGGAUUGGAGACAUUUCUUCUCUGGUCCUGCAACUUGUUCAUCUUAUGCUGCAUAAGCUAUAGUUGAUGUAAGACAGUCCUAUCGGCAAGGCGGUUGGAAGCUGAAAUGCACCCUACUGAACGAUAGCAUUGAAAAAGUUACUCAUAGAAGUACAUACAAUUUCCCCAAGUGCAAAA